AGUCGCACGCCGACCAACUACUGAAACGGUUCCUGGAACGCUUCCUGAAAAGCUUUCAAGUUAAUAGCGCGAACGUGCAAAGUGGCAAAACCUCCAAUUAUCUUUUUAUUAAUUUAAUUUUUAUUUAGGAAAUGUUUUAAGUGAAAAGUGAAAAGCUUAACUUAAUAAGCUUUUCAUUUACGAUGAAGAUAUGUCGAUUAAAAUGACGUUAGAUGAUUAAUAAUCCUCUACAAAAUGGACAACAACAGUAUAAACAUGUCAAAUUAUAACGACGAGGAGGAUCCUUGGGACGUUUUCUACGAUAAAAAUUACACCGUAAUAGGACUUUACAUUCCAGUAUUUUUAUUGGCGUUAGUUUCUAAUGGAUUAGUUAUAGCCGUUGUUGUCAAAUAUCAUUAUAUGAGAAACGUAACGAAUUACUUCCUGGUCAACUUAUCGGUGGCAGAUCUUUUGGUAACAAUUGUUUGUAUGCCAAGUGCAGCAGCUGUGGCUUAUACAAAAAUAUGGUACUUAGGUAAUUUUGCUUGCGUAGGUUGGUCGUAUUUGCAAUGUAUUUCAGUUGCUGCUAGUGUUUUUACGAUAACAACAAUGGCACUGGAUAGAUAUUUAGCUAUUACUCAACCAUUUGGAACGUCGCGUCGUUUUUGUAUUAAUCAUAAAGCAGCUUUGGUUAUUAUAACAAUAUUAUGGAUGCUUUCAAUGAUAAUUUUUUUACCAACAGUUUUCGUCGUCGAUGUUCAAAUAUUCCCUUACCCUACUAGUAAUAGUAAUAAUACAAUGACAUUUUGUGGAGAAUUUAAUUGGCAAAUAUUUAAUAAUACAGUUGGAGAAAUUUAUUCAAAAAAAAUUUUUGGCGUUGUUUGUUUUAAUGUUAUGUUUGCUAUUCCAGGAUGUCUUAUUAUAUGGGCUUAUGCGAUGAUGGGAAAAAAAUUAUGUUCAGUUCGGCCGCCAUCUGAUAAUAACGAGGGAAGUAUAAGCACUCAACAGAGUGUUCGAAUAAUGCGAGAAAGAAAACGAGUGGCUCUCAUUUUGUUACUUUUGGCAUUUAUAUUUGCGAUAUGUUGGUUGCCGUAUAAUUUUUUCAAUCUAUAUAAUGAUUUAUUUGAAACUGAAAGAGUUGAUGCAAAGUUGCAACAAUACCUUUUGUUAUUGGGGCAUGCUAAUUCUGCUUUAAACCCAAUUAUAUAUUGCGUCAUGUCGAAAAAUUUCCGCAAAUCAGUGAGGAAUCUUUUAUUCAAAUCAAAAUUCAAUUUCCAGUCGAGACAAACGCACCAGUUAAGGUGGUACGAUACUUCAGGAAGUUCCCAAAAGUUAUAUUUCCCGAGGAUAUAUAUUCAGCACACAUUCGUUAACCAACACAAUACGUUAACUCGGGUACAAUCCAGCCCGAAAACCACGAAAACAUGCGCUGUAUAAACUUAAUAAAAACUUAAUAUAAGAGAGAAAAGUUUAAAAAAGUAAAU